AUGGCCAGUGGAGAGUUCAGGCCAUUGCUGUUCUUGGCUGCAAUCGGUUAUGUCGUCAUCUCCGUGUCAUCACAGACAUCUUCACGGAAUACCGCCCGUCGCAUAGAGCAUAUCUCCGUGGGUGACGCCGGAGUAUGGGGCAUCAACAAAGAGGGUAAUGUCUUCUACAGGAUCGGGACAUUUCGGAGGGAAGACGUCGUCGGGCGAUCCUGGCAGCCUGUGGACGGCCGAAUGAAACAGCUAGAAGUAGGUCGUAAUGUCAUUUGGGGUGUUGACGGGGCUUUCGGUGUUUUCAUCAGGGCUGGGAUUAUUAAGUCGAACCCUGAGGGUUGUGCCUGGGUACAAGUCCAAGGAAGGAUGAAGCAAGUCAGUGUCAGCAGAAAGGGGCACGUUUGGGCCGUAGACGUCAAUAACGACGUGUUCGUGCGAGUUGGUGCAAACAUAGGUAACCCAGAAGGGGACAAAUGGAGUUACGUUUCGGGAAAGAUGGCCCAAAUUUCCGUGGGAAUGUCGGGGGUUUGGGCCGUUGAUGACACUAAUAGAGUAUUCUACAGACAGGGCACCUUUGGAGAUACCGGAACAGUCGGAACUGCCUGGACCACUGUGGACGGGUACUUCAAACACGUCACUGCCGGUGAGGGUACUGUGUGGGGGGUGACGAUAAACAACGAUAUCUUCAGACGCAUGGGGGUGACUCGCCAGAACCCGAUAGGACUCCGAUGGGAAUACGUCCCCGGAAAACUCAAGCAAAUAGACAUGGGCAGAUUGACCGUAUGGGGGGUGAACAAUGAGGGGAACAUAUUUACCAGCUUUAUCUAA